CGUAAAUCUCGUAUAUUUACAUUCCGACGAUCCAAAUAAACUCUUCUCUUCGCUAUGUCGACCACUGAUGAUGCCGGGGUUGCGGCGAACGAUCCAGCUACCCGUGCCAGAUACAUCGAAGAGCGAAACAAACGGCUAAGAGCGGAAGGCUCAGCCCAAUACAUCAAGCUUUCUGACUCCACAUUCUCCAACUUGGCAAAUGAUCCCUGGGUUGACCAUGAGCACUUGAAUUCCUUGCCAUCGCCUUUGCCGUCUGGUUCUGCUGUCAAGAUUCUUAUCCUUGGCGCUGGUUACGGCGGUCUGCUAUCUGCUGUUCGCUUGAUUGAGUCGGGCGAAUCUGCAGAGGCUAUUCGUUUGGUAGACCAUGCAGGCGGAUUCGGCGGGACCUGGUAUUGGAACCGUUACCCAGGGCUGAUGUGCGAUAUUGAAAGUUAUGUUUACAUGCCGCUACUUGAAGAGACUGGUUUCAUGCCUAAACAUAAGUACUCGUAUGGCCCAGAGUUGAGAGGGCAAGCAGUGCGAAUCGCGGAAAAGUGGCAUUUGCAAGACAAGUGUUUGUUUCGCACGAAGGUUCAGAGCGCCCGAUGGAACGAGGACGAAAAAAGAUGGAUAGUCAAGAUGACGGAGAACAGGGGUGCUGCUGGAAAGGCAAGGGAUGUCGAAGUAAAAGCGCAAUUUAUUGUGUCAGCUUCAGGGUCUCUUAACGAACCGCACAUGCCAAAUCUAUCAGGCUUGGAUUGUUUUGAGGGGGAGCUGUUUCACACAGCGCGAUGGGAUUACAGCAUCACUGGAGGCACACCAGAAGACUGGAAGCUUGAGAAAUUGAAGAAUAAGCGGGUUGGUAUCAUUGGCACUGGAGCGACAGCGAUCCAAGUAGUGCCGCAACUAGCCCAAUGGGCAAAGGAUUUAUAUGUCUUUCAGCGAACGCCAUCAAGCGUUGAUGUCCGCGGUCAGAAGUUGACAGACCCUCACGAAUGGAAGAGGAUCACUGCAAAGAAGGGGUGGCAGAAAGAGCGGUCUGAGAACUUGAUCUCAUACCAGAUGAAUACACCCGAUAAGGUGAAUAUGGUUGAUGAUGCUUGGACCCGGAUGCCAGGGUAUGCCGCAGCCUUCGGGUCGCCUGGUAUUGUCAGUCUGGAUGGGAUGAAAGAACAUGUAACUCGCCUGCAUGAGUGGGACGCGGAAAGAUCUCAGAGAGUUCGCGCGCGUGUGGAUGACAUUGUCAAGAGUAAGCCCACAGCAGAAAAGCUAAAGGCCUGGUAUCCUGUCUGGUGUAAGACACCAACGUUUCACGACGACUACCUGCCUGCCUUCAAUCAGCCAAACGUCCAAUUGGUUGACACUGAUGGCAAGGGAAUUGAAAAAGUCACAAAAAACACGGUUGUGACUGGAGGGACUGAGUAUCCAAUCGAUGUGUUAAUCAUGAGCACUGGGUUUGUCUCGCCCUUUGAGGGAAGUGCCAGUCCUUCUGGGCGAGCUGGUAUAGAUAUUUUUGGGCGAGGAAGUUUGUCAAUGGGUGACAAAUGGGCCGAACAAGGAGCCACAACUUUGCAUGGAAUAGCGACCCACGACUUCCCGAACCUCUUCUUUCUUGGGCCUUCGCAGAUUGGGGUUACUGUAAACAUUCGAUAUGUUCUCGACACUCUCGCUUCGCACAUCGCCAAUAUUUUGUCCUUGUCCCAAAAGAAAAUUGGGAAUGAAAGUCCCCAGGAUCUCAUUAUCGAGGUGACCAAAGACGCCGAGGAAGCAUGGUCUCAUGAAAUUCUGACUAGGGCACCUUGGUUUGUUGGUGUUGUCGGCUGCACCCCGGGUUUUAUCAAUAACGAAGGUGAGACGGACAGGCCGACUGAGCUUGUAGAAAAGAUAAAAUCUGCCCGAGGCGCACCAUGGGGCGAAGGCAUGUUAAGUUAUACAGAGGCACUGAGGGAAUGGUUGAAGGAAGGAAAUUUGAAGGGGCUGAAAAUUACGGCGAAUUGA